AGUUGUGGGUCGCUGUAAAGAAGGAAAGCGACAUUACUGAUUCCAAAAGGGACCACUUCGCAUUGAAUCUGUGUUUUUCGCGAGAUUGCCCCUGAAUCCGACGAUGGGUGAUUCAUACGAGGAGCAAGGUGGCGAGAAUGAUCCAAACCACGUAGGAUCAGAGAAUGCUAGCUUUGGUAACGUUGCUCGUGAAGAUGAAGCUGCAUCUGUGGCACGAGAUGUGUUCCAUAUUUACGAUUCUGACGAUGCAUAGACGUCUGAUGAUGAGUACCAUGAGGCUCGGGCCAAUUUACGCGCCUAUGGGGAAAUGAGAAGGAGGAAGGUGAAGGCAAGGAGAGAUGGUCAUGGGGAGGAGGUUGAACAA